AAUCACAACCAAACACACGAACAACGCUGCCACGUCAAAUUGAGCCGAGAGACCGUGUGAAUGAAGUGGCAUUUUUCGGCAUUUUAAAGUUUCUCGUUCCGAGUGAUCAACGAGAGAAUAGUAAUUAAUUAAAAUGCGUGUCUUAUUACUUUCUGUAGCCAUAGCCCUUUUGGGUACGGCUUUUGGUGAUGAAAUUCCAACAGAAGAAAAUGUACUUGUGCUAGGAAAAUCCAAUUUCGAUGGUGUUGUCUCAACGACAGAAUUUAUUCUUGUUGAAUUCUAUGCGCCAUGGUGCGGCCAUUGCAAGUCCUUGGCUCCCGAAUAUGCUAAGGCUGCUACCAGAUUAGCGGAGGAAGAAUCUCCUAUCAAAUUGGCAAAGGUGGAUGCCACGCAAGAACAAGACCUCGCCGAAAAUUAUGGAGUCAGAGGUUACCCGACUCUCAAAUUCUUUAGAAACGGAAGUCCUAUCGACUACUCAGGUGGUCGGCAAGCUGAUGACAUUGUUAACUGGCUGAAGAAGAAGACUGGACCUCCUGCGGUCGAAGUCACAUCAGUUGAACAAGCUAAGGAGCUUAUUGCUGCUAACCCAGUCAUUGUCAUUGGUUUCUUCCCUGACAAAUCCUCUGUUAAAGCCUCUACAUUUUUGUCAAUCGCUUCUGCUGUUGAUGACCAGGUGUUUGCUAUUGUGCAAGAUGAGAAGAUCAUCAAAGACUUGGAAGUUGAGGCUGAAGAUGUUGUCCUGUUCAAAAACUUUGAAGAGCCCCGCGUCAAGUAUGAAGGUGAAACCUUUGAUGAAGAUUCAUUUAAAACGUGGGUAUUCGUCCAGAGUAUGCCCACUAUUGUGGAAUUCUCCCACGAGACUGCAUCCAAGAUCUUCGGUGGACAAAUCAAAUACCACCUCCUGUUAUUCUUAUCCAAGAAAAAUGGCGAUUUCGACAAAUACGUUGAAGAACUUAAGCCCGUUGCCAAGAACUACCGCGACAAAAUCAUGUCAGUCGCUAUCGACACUGACGAGGAUGACCACCAGAGAAUCCUGGAGUUCUUCGGCAUGAAGAAGGAGGAAGUACCAUCCGCCCGUCUCAUUGCUCUCGAACAAGAUAUGGCCAAGUACAAGCCUGCCACUGACGAACUUAGCGCAAAUGCUGUUGAGGAAUUUGUACAAUCGUUCUUCGCCGGUACAUUGAAACAACACCUGCUCAGCGAAGACCUGCCAUCAGACUGGUCCGAGAAGCCCGUCAAGGUUCUCGUCGCCACUAACUUCGAUGAGGUCGUCUUCGAUAGCAACAAGAGGGUCCUCGUUGAAUUCUACGCUCCCUGGUGCGGCCACUGCAAGCAACUGGUGCCCAUUUACGACAAACUGGGCGAGCAUUUCGAGAAGGAUGAUGACGUAGUUAUCGCGAAGAUCGACGCAACUGCCAACGAGCUGGAGCACACCAAGAUCACAUCUUUCCCCACCAUCAAAUUGUACACAAAGGAUAACCAGGUUCGAGAUUACAACGGUGAGAGGACGCUGGCCGCCCUCACGAAGUUCGUUGAGACGGACGGCGAAGGCGCAGAACCUGUACCUAGUGUGAGCGAAUAUGAAGAAGAAGAGGAGGCACCAGCCAGGGACGAGUUAUAAGCUCUCGGCUCUAUUACUCUUAUGAGACUUCCAUAGUUAUAGUUCUGUAUAGAUCAUAAUUUACUUUUAUACUUAAUAUAAAACUAAUUUGCAUUUGAUUUGCUAGACUGUUAUUAUCUAAAUUGUAUUGAGGUUGUACUUCAUUUACCAUCUCGUUAUGUUUAAACAAUAUAUUGAUAUUUAACGUAAAAAUACUCUUAAUAAAUGCAACGUUAAAGUAUCAGAUCUCUCCGGUGUGCCCACUUAACUUAUUCGGUGUAUGCAUAAUUUAUUUAGUAUAUAACCAGCGGCAACUUAGUUUAUGUACAAUACUAAUUGUAUUUAUAAUUUCUGUAUCAUAAUUGAAUAUUGUUUUGCACAUUCCUUAGUACAAGAUACAUUAGUACAUCGAACAAGUGUUUUUGUUAUUUUAUAAUUAAACUAUUUUUUAUAUGACAAAUUAUUAAGUUAUAUUAUUAUUUCAUCACAAGAAAUAGAUUAUAUAAGUCGAAAAUUGUUAUAUCAAUUAUGUAUUUUUGUAUUGUUUCUGUUGGAGUUUCCUGUUAUUUUAUAUUGUGGUAAAAAUUGAGGUGCUUUUCAAUUUGAUCAAUUAAACAUGCUAAUCUAACCAUAUUUUUCUAUUUAAUUCUAAUGUAAUGUAAAUAUGCAUACUUAGUACAUUGCCAAACCUGCAUUUUGUGUAUUUAUUGUGAAUACAGAAAUUGAUAAAUAAAAAAAGAU